AUGGCAUCCUCAAAGGCAGUCGGUAUCGAUCUCGGUACCACUUACUCUUGCGUCGGUGUCUGGCAAAACGAUCGUGUUGAGAUCAUUGCCAACGACCAGGGCAACCGCACGACGCCCUCGUAUGUCUCAUUUUCGGACAAUGAGCGGUUGAUCGGCGAUGCCGCGAAGAACCAGGUCGCGAUGAACCCCCACAACACCGUCUUCGACGCGAAGCGUCUCAUUGGUCGCAAGUUCGCCGACGCCGAGGUCCAGUCCGAUGUCAAGCACUUCCCCUUCACCGUUUUCGACAAGGGCGGAAAGCCUUACAUUCGUGUCACCUACCGCGGCGAGGACAAGGAAUUCUCACCCGAGGAGGUCUCCUCCAUGGUCCUCCUUAAGAUGAAGGAGGUCGCUGAGUCGUACCUCGGCACGACAGUCACGAGCGCUGUCGUUACUGUCCCGGCCUACUUCAACGACUCUCAGCGUCAGGCGACCAAGGACGCAGGUACCAUUUCUGGCCUCAACGUUCUCCGUAUCAUCAACGAGCCAACGGCGGCUGCCAUCGCCUACGGUCUUGACAAGAAGACCGAGGGCGAGAAGAACGUCCUCAUCUUCGAUCUCGGCGGUGGUACCUUCGAUGUGUCGCUCCUGACCAUCGAGGAGGGUAUCUUCGAGGUCAAGGCCACUGCUGGUGACACCCACCUUGGUGGUGAGGACUUCGACAACCGUCUCGUGAACCACUUCGUCCAGGAAUUCAAGCGGAAGCACAAGAAGGAUCUCUCUUCCAACCCCCGUGCACUCCGUCGCCUCCGUACUGCUUGCGAGCGUGCGAAGCGUACCCUCUCCUCCGCCACCCAGACCUCCAUCGAGAUCGACUCGCUCUUCGAGGGUAUCGACUUCUACACGUCGCUCACGCGUGCCCGUUUCGAGGAGCUGUGCAACGACCUCUUCCGCAGCACUCUCGAGCCCGUCGAGAAGGUCCUCCGUGACUCCAAGAUCGACAAGAGCCAGGUCCACGAGAUCGUCCUCGUCGGUGGUUCAACCCGUAUCCCGCGUAUCGUCAAGCUUGUGUCCGACUUCUUCAACGGCAAGGAGCCGAACAAGAGCAUCAACCCCGAUGAGGCCGUCGCCUACGGUGCCGCUGUCCAAGCUGCCAUCCUCUCGGGCGACACCUCGGAGAAGACUCAGGAUCUCCUGCUCCUCGAUGUUGCGCCUCUCUCUCUCGGUAUCGAGACCGCGGGUGGUGUCAUGACCGCCCUCAUCAAGCGGAACACGACCGUGCCGACGAAGAAGUCGGAGAUCUUCUCCACGUACUCCGACAACCAGCCUGGUGUGCUCAUCCAGGUCUACGAGGGAGAGCGUGCGCGGACGAAGGACAACAACCUGCUCGGCAAGUUCGAACUCUCCGGCAUUCCGCCUGCGCCCCGUGGUGUUCCUCAAAUCGAAGUCACCUUCGAUAUCGAUGCGAACGGUAUCCUCAACGUCUCCGCUGCUGACAAGACGACCGGCAAGUCGAACCGCAUCACCAUCACCAACGACAAGGGUCGUCUGUCGAAGGAGGAGAUCGAGCGCAUGGUCAACGAGGCCGAGAAGUACAAGGCCGAGGAUGAGGCAGCGGCCGCUCGUAUCACGUCGAAGAACGGCCUCGAGUCGUACGCAUACAACCUCCGCAACUCGUUGACCGACGAGAAGCUCGCGGGCAAGUUCGACGCGGCCGACAAGAGCAAGCUCGAGUCCGCCGUCAACGACACCAUCUCAUGGCUCGACGCGUCGCAGGAGGCCUCGAAGGAGGAGUACGAGGACCGCCAGAAGGAGCUCGAGGCCAUCGCCAACCCAUCAUGCAGAAGCUCUACUCCGCGGGACGGCCCCAGCGUCGAGGAGGUCGACUAA